AUGGCCAGCGACGAUCCAGCGACGGGGGAGGCAGCAAUAACGUCCCCUAAGGGAAGAGGAGGGCACUGCGGGCCCAGAGCGUCCCCGUUACCUUGGCAACGGCAACAUGGCCGCCGCCGCCGCCCGAGAGCCUCCCAGAAUGCGCUGGGGUCGGGCUCUAGUGCGCAGGCGCAGGCGGCAGCUCUGCCAUCUUGCUCUUGUGGCCGAGACUCCGAGGAGGCCGCUGCUGCCGCCGCCAUGGAGAGCGAUGAUACCAGCAAUCGCCUUCGGUUCCAGCUGGAGUUGGAGUUUGUGCAGUGCCUGGCAAACCCCAAUUACCUGAACUUUCUUGCCCAGAGAGGAUUCUUCAAAGACAAAGCAUUUGUUAACUACCUUAAAUACCUGCUCUACUGGAAGGAACCAGAAUAUGCCAAAUACCUGAAGUACCCCCAGUGCCUGCACAUGUUGGAGCUCCUUCAGUACGAGCACUUCCGCAAGGAGCUGGUGAACGCGCAGUGUGCCAAGUUCAUAGAUGAGCAGCAGAUCCUGCACUGGCAGCACUACUCGCGCAAGCGGAUGCGCCUCCAGCAGGCGCUGGCAGAGCAGCAGCAGCAGCAGCAGCAGAACAGCACCUCCGUCAAGUGAGGCCUGUGGCGCACCCGGCGGGGCCCUCUGGACCCAACACAGCAUGUGGCUGCCCUGGUUAAGUAGCUGCCUGGCGGAAAUGCAACUCGGCGGGGAGAUGGCUUUGCGUUUUGACAGCCGUAUGACAUGUCAAAUGAAGUGACAAGAGGCUCCCAGUCCCUCCAGAUUUAAAGGUGCAGCUGUGUUUCCCUAGAGGGUGGGUGAUCAGGGGUGGUUCGUGUGCGUGUAUGUUAGCCCCGCCGUGAGGUGGAGGUGACAAAGAGUGUUUUUUCUUCGUAUGCUGUUCGAGGAGGAGGCUGGCAAAUAAAAGAGACUCCAAGCUGUCACAUUGUGCUGGCUUUGUAUUAGUCCACUGAAAAAAUAAAAACCUUGUGUCUGUGAGCUGCUUCUUCCUUAGACAAGAGCUCUCAGGUCCUGAAUAUAAUUUUAAAAAAUCAGCGUAAGCAAUCCCAUCUGUUUGCCUGCCAGAUUCAUGGGUGGAAAAGGCCACAAGUUUAGCAUGUGAUUGGUCAGAGAGGACCGCUUCCUUCUGUGUAACACAGAAUCCCCUCUCGUAUUUCCUCCUUCAAUCAUGCCCCUUUCAAAGCUUCCUUUUUCUGAGGCUUUUGACUUAAUUUUUGUUCCCAACUUGAAGUAUCAUUGUAGUUGCUCUCAGUCCUUCCUAUCCUCACUUCUAGUUGUCUUUGAUUGUAAACUCAGAGGGCAAAGAGCUGUGUCUUUGUUUAUUAAAGUUCUGUAAAUCUUACAGUGUUUAGCACACCAUGUAAAUUGUAUAUACAUAGUAAUAAAAACCUUGGCUUCA